GGAAUCCCACCAUCUCAUCUGUAAAAAAGCUGGCUUUACGACAGUCGCCGAAUACACUUUCUGGAAUUAUGAGGAAAAGUGUGUAGAUAUUGAAAAGCUCCUCUCCGAUCUUGAAUUCGCCCCUGCAAAAUCGGUCAUCAUUCUUCCUGCAUGUGCUUACAACCCGACUGGAAUGGAUUUGAGCGAAAAUCAGUGGAAGCAGAUCGCCCGGGUCAUCAAGAGAAAACGCCUUUUCCCUUUUUUUGACAUUUCUUACCAAGGAUGUGCAUCUGGAGACCCGGCCGCCGAUUCUUGGGCUAUCCGACACUUUGUUAGUGACGGAAUAGAAUUGUUUGUGGCUCAGUCGUUCGCUAAAAACUUAUUUUUUACGAAUCCGCGGUUGGGAAAUCUUACAGUUGUCGUAAACAACGCUGCCGUCAUUCCUGGAAUAAAAUCUCAGAUGUCGCUUGCUAUCCGCAUUAACGCGUUUUAUCCAACAGCAUUUGGAGCUACAAUUGUACACAAGGUCCUCUCCACCUCAGCUCGUCGUGAAUUUUGGAUUCAGUCUAUUCAACAGAUAUCUUCUCGCAUCAAGCAAAUGAGAACUGCUUUGUUUGACGUUUUGAGUGCUCUCAAAACUCCAGGAAGCUGGGAUCAUAUCAUUCGACAAACUGGAAUGUUUAGCUACACUGGUCUCACUUCUACUCAAGUCGAUCACCUCGUUCGCAACCACAAAGUCUUCCUCCUCAGCGACGGACGCAUAAAUAUUAGUGGACUAAACAUGAAAAACGUCGAAUACGUUGCCAAGGCAAUCGACGAGACUGUUCGUGCCGUCAAGAGCAACGUCUAA